UGCGCACUCACAACACAAUAUCGAGCCGCCCUUCCUCCCCGCCAAGUUGCACCGCAGGGUCGGGCGGACGUCGGCUCACAACGACUAUUAGUAAAACCGAAUUGAUUUCCCUCGCACAUUGAACGUUUUUCGAGUCAAGAUGGAAAGUCCGCAUCGUACUGGAGACGAUGUGCCUCUUUUAUUGCCGUCUCUGCGCCUCUUCAUACCCCCACUGAGACUGGUGUCUGCAGCCAUGUGGCAAGUCGUCCAGAGGGGAGAUGUACAGGACUACGGGAUGUUAGAGGAGUUCAUCAGCACAGUGACAGAAAUUGUCCCCGAGCUCCUGAACCCGGAUCAGAAGGCCCAGCUGCUCUUGGGACUUAGAGCAAGGGUGGUUCUUGACUUGUGUCGGGCUGAGCAGAUAACAGAAAUGGAAACAAUUGAGAUGCACCUGGAAAGGAUCAGGACCCUCGUAUCCACUUGGGCAGCACAGCCAUGUUUUGCAGAGGUCGAGUUUCCAGAAUCGAACUUUGUGGAUCAAAUCGAAUUACUGUUGAAAGACCCUGAAGAGAGGGAGAAGUUUUUCCAGGAUGUGUUCCCUACGGAUUUUGGGCCUGAGUAUGACAACGCUCUGCAGGUGCUUAUGCUGGAUUUCCUGUCCAAAUUGGAGAGGCUCCUUCCUGUACCAGACCUUCAGCAGACUGCAUCCAUGCUCAAUGCUGUCCCAUCUGCCCUGGCGGAAUGUGUGCAGUCUGUUCCUGACCUGCAGCAGCUGAAAACUGUGCUCCAGUACCACACCACCCUUGGACAUUUGGAUUUAAUUGAUGAAUCACAGACCAUUCCAUCUUCCUUUGGGAACUGCAUCCUCUCUUCUUUGUCUCUCCCUCAGUUGGAGAAGGUUGUCAUCGAUGCUGACCAAAUACAGUUACAGCCUCCAUCAGAGCAGAUGCAUGGCUGUAUGACUGUCCAGGUGGAGGGUGAAACUGUCACACUGUUGGACUACAUACAGAUUGAGCAACCAUCAGGUUUGGUUGAUGAACAGGACUCUGUUAAGUUUGAGCCUGAAGAUCAAGAAGGAUCUGGAAAUGAUGAGGAACAUCCUGUAACUGUUGGUCCAAGUGAAGGAGAUGUAACUAAUCAAGACCUCACAAACAGCCUGAAGCCAGCAUCCUUUCAACCGCUGAAGCAAAGUAAAAGGCUUCAGUUGAAGAGAAAAGCUUUAAAAGACAAAGACUCAUCUGCAUCCACAACUAAAAGAUCAAGAAAAAAGUACUCAAAUUGCAAGACUUGUCCUGUGUGUAGUAAGACUUUUCCACGAGCCACAGCAAUGAGAAGACACCAAGAAAUUCAUUCCUCAAAUCGGGAUCUCAGGUACAAGUGCCCCAACUGUGACAAACGAUUCAGGGACCAGUAUGACAUGAAUCGGCACAAAAUGCGUGUUCAUGAAAAGGAAGAGACAAACGAUGCUAAAAUGGAUGACUUAGGGGAUCCCAAGACACCAGAAAGCAAAAAUUGCUUUCUAUGUGGGAAGUAUUUUGCUCGCAGAGUAGAUAUGGAGAGGCACAUGAAGUCCCACUCCGAGGAUCGUCCAUACAAGUGUGCUUUCUGUGAAAAAAAAUUCAAGCAUCCUUAUGUUUUAAAGAGACAUCAGAAGGAGAUAUGCAAGAGUAAAUACCUGAAAAAACCUGUCCUGGUGGGUAAUAUUACAGAGGCACAGGGCACAGACUCACAGGGAACAGAUUCCCAGCUAUCUUUAGAGGGGCUAACAGAUGGCAAACUCUGUCCCAUCUGCAGCAGGAUAUUGCCUUGCACUGCAGACAUAACCAAACAUUUACGAUCUCACACGGAGGACCGUCCCUUUAUCUGUGUCACUUGUGAGAAGGGUUUUAAGUACAAAGACACGUUAAAGAAACAUCAGAUUAUCCAUGGGCAUGAGGGUAUCCGGGAGGAAGAAAGCAAGAGUGUGGCACAGAUUUUGGCUGAAGCUGAACAACAAAACUGUAGUGGUACCAUUACCAAAAAAGAAAAUAAUCCAGAUACACCUGCUGCCACUUCAGGAGAAUCCCCACCUCCUCCUCUAGAACAACCUAGCAAAAAAGUCCUUAAAGUGUGCACUGUCUGUGCCCGGGCAUUUGAUAGUGUGAAAACACUGAAUAAACACAUGCAGUGUCAUACAGAUGAUCGGCCUUACCAUUGCAUCCAUUGUAAGAGGCGCUUCAAACACAUGCAUGGGCUGAAAAGACACCAGAUUUAUGCCAUUUGUCACAAGAAGAUAGUGCGAUUCUCCUCAUUGAGGAAGGAGCCCAGAGCAGGGGCUGGCCAAGGUGAGCCAACCAGCGAUCACCAACAGGAGCCACCCCUCAAGAUACCUGUGUGGUGUUCCAAUUGCGGUAAACACUUUGAAUACCCGUCAGAUUUGAAAGAACACCAGGAAAACGUUUGCAAAGUGGAUGUCAUGGAAAUCAUGAAAUGUGACGAUUGUGGAAAAGAGUUCAAAACCAUGCCCCUGCUCAAAGUGCACCAGAGAAUUCACAAUCCCCUCUAUUGCAAAGAGUGCGGGAAGAUACUCGCAAAUGACGCUGCCUUUGAAAGACACAAACUGAUGCAUAGACCAAUCCAGUGCACAAUGUGUGACAAGACCUUCACCCUGCUGAGGCGCUUGAGAGAACACUAUGAGAAGCAGCACAACUUCACAGGACCAUAUCCUUGUGCACAGUGUGAGAAAACCUUCACUCAGCUGUCUUACCUUGCCAUCCAUGAGAGAGUCCACAAUGGAGAGUUCCCUUACUCUUGUAAUGUGUGUCCAGAGAAGUUCAGAUCUUCCAACUGUCUGACAGUGCACCUCCGCAAACACACCGGAGAGAAACCAUUCCUGUGCUGGCAGUGCGGGAAGUGCUACCGCUCGGCCUCUGAGCUAACAGUGCACAUGGGAACCCAUUCAGAGGAGAAGCCCUGGGCCUGUACGCAGUGUGAUAUGGCUUACAGGACCAAGCUGCAGCUGACAAACCAUGUUGAGCAAAUCCACAUAGGUGUGAGGUAUCCCUGCAAUAGCUGUGGAAAGCAGUUCAUGAAAGAAGUGUCACUGAGGAGACAUGAACUCAUCCACACAGGCGAGAGGCCGCAUCAGUGCACAGAAUGCGGCAAGACCUUCCUCACGGCUAAUGAGCUGCGGCUCCAUAAUAGGUAUCACACUGGGGAGCGGCCUUACAAGUGUGAGGUUUGUGGAAAGGCCUUCAUCCAGUCAGGAUAUCUCAAGUCACACAUGCGUAUCCACACAGGAGAGAAGCCAUUUAAAUGUGACAUAUGUGACAAAGCCUUCAGGCUGUCCUACCACAUGAAAAAACACAGGCGUACACACAGUGGAAAGUCUAAAAGUCACAUGUGUGAGGAAUGCGGGUUAGCAUUCACCCAUAAAAAAUCCCUGUGCGCACACUACACGCUCUCUCAUAAUGUGAAAAUUGAACCAUCAUUCACUCAGGAAGUGAGAAUAGAAUUUCAGUAGUGAUCCUGUUCCUCUUAUGUAGGAUCUUUUCAUUGAAGAUGUCUGAUUUUUCUGGGCUUGUAGUUCAUUCAAUUCACCAAAAGACUGGAGUCUUAAUUCAUAAUAUUGAUUUUGGCUUAUUUGUAAGUCAGUGGUCUUUAUCUGUUGCAUUGUUAUAUUGCUGAUUCACAUGAUCAGUACAGGAUGUAUAUAUUAAACUCCAAUUAAUUAUUUUUGCUUACAGUGCUUUUGAAAUAAAUUAAUGUUGAAUCUAA